AUGGUCCAAACAGGUCCUCUGUUGGUUCUUCUUGGUUUCUACUUUUGCUUGCAACUCGCGCGUAUUAUCGCCGAUUUAGUCUUGUCGGCUGGUCUGCUUGGUGAGAUCGCUGUGGGCAUUAUUUUCGGUGGUCCUCUCGCGGGUAUUUUACCAGAAUCAUGGGAAGAGACUUGGCUGACUGUGGGCUACCUCGGUCUUAUUCUCAUCGUCCUCUCGGGUGGUUUGGACUUUGAUGCUCAAGUAUUCGUGAGAGCCAUCCCUAUCGCCUUCGUCGCUGCUUUCUGGGGUGUCCUUCUCCCCAUAGCCUUCUCCUUCGCCAUCCUCUGGAAAGCCUUCGGAUAUCCUAUAAUCCAUGCCUUUACCGCGGGCUGUGCCCUGUCAUCAACUUCCCUUGGAACCACUUUCUUCGUUUUGCAGAGUCAGACUAAGAAAGGUAUCAACGUUCAAGCGACAAGGGUUGGUACCUUGCUAACUGCUGUAGCAUUGAGCGACGAUGUUAUCGCUCUCGUCCUCCUCACUGUCAUCCAAUCUCUCGGCAGUGGCUCAAACAGCACGCUGGGUUGGAUCGUUGGCAAGCCCAUCGUUGCAUCUGUCGCGUUAUCCAUAGUAUCUCCCAUCGUCGUAUACGCAUUUAGACCGGUAUACAGACGCUGGAUUGAGCGCCCCCUCACCCACUAUGGUGGAUAUAGAGGUGGCGUUACUGUCGGCUUCCUCGUCCUAGCCGCUUACUUAGCCAUCAGCUACUACAUACACACCACUAUGCUUCUCGGUGCUUUCCUUGCUGGAAUGACGCUGGCAGUAUGGCCAUCCAACCGCGAUGAUACGGACACCACUAUGCUUCUCGGUGCCUUCUUAGCCGGUAUGACGCUCGUAGUCUGGCCAUCUAACCGCGAUGAUGUCCUAAACUACAAACACAUUUUCGAGGAGAUAUUCGAACCACUCCUCAAACGGUACUUUGCAUCUAUUUUCUUCGCGUCUAUCGGUUACUGCAUACCAUUCCUCGAUCUCUUCACCGCCAAGAGAUUCUGGCAGGGUUUGGUGUACAGUGUGUUCAUGCUUAUCGGUAAGCUGCUCGUCGGGAUAUGGAUCCCUAUACGCGACUGUGUCUCCAAAGAGACAGUCGUUGUGGGCGACGAGGAAAACAAGAAGAGAAAGACUAAAUGGGGAUUGGGCAAACCCAACAAAGAUAGCUGGGUAGCAGGUCUGCUGCUUGGAAGCGCCAUGUUGGCGAGGGGCGAGAUAGGAGUCUUGAUCUUGCAAGUCAGUCUGACAACAUCCCAAGCGAAUGCUAGCUCGCCGAAUGCCAUCACAGUCAUGGAUACAGAGACUUACUUGAUCGGUAUCUGGGCUGUGGCGUGGAACACUAUCAUAGGACCAGUCAUUUUCGGCCAGCUUGUCAAGUUUAUGGGCAAGGGAGUCAUCGAUUCGCACUGGGGUAGCACCCUUCGCAUUAGGCUGGAGCAGGAAGAGAAGAAUGCGAAUAUGGAUGCUGAUUUGAGUGCAGGUGGGAGUGUGGGUGCGAGUGUAGGUGCAGGUGCAAAUGACGAUUCCAAUGCGAAUGCGAAUGCAAGUGCAAACCAAAGUGAGAAUGCAAAUGUCCAAGACUUGCACAAUCAGGAUAACCCAGAGAACGAAAACAAGACAGGUGACAGCAACGUCUAG